AGCAGAUAACUCGAACCCAGGUCAGGGUGACAUGCCAGUGUUAUGAUUGGUGGUAAUAAGUGCCAAUCUUGGGAAAUGACAAUGAAUCUUCGAUUACACUACGGUAAGUAGUACGGUGAAUGAGUACUGUACGGUAAACGGUAAUAACGGUAUGUCGGCAUUGGGUAAAGUAGGUACGGAACCACAAUAGUUUUGGCUCAAGGUUCCCCGAAGCUCCUUGCUCCUGACCUUUUGAAUCCGACAUUGUAGAUCUCACCCAUUGCGACAGAAUUUAGCCAGUCAAUAAGUAUCAUCGAGGUACAUUUAGGCUCGUCCUCUACUUUGGCAGCAUUUAUCACGCGGCAAUAUGGUGCCUUGGGGCCUCCUCGACGACAAAGAGGAAAACGAGCUUCACAAGUCUCGUCUUCUUAAUGUGGAAGAAAAGCCCUUCAAGCGCGUCACCAAGCGCCUAAACUCGCUCCAUGCACUAACUGUCGCACGAGCGCGCCAGGCGGCGGCACCGCCCCCUGAGACGAACGGCAACCCCCAGGAGCAACAACAACAACAAUUAACCCCCAACCAGCAACAGCGCGAUGGCGCAUCGCCCGCUCCCGGGGGCGACGCCCUCUCUUCGGCCGAUCUCGCUCAGCUCAAGGAAGACAUCACGCUCGAUUUCGCCGCCUUCGACAGCAGCAUCGCGCGCCUGCAGUUCCUGCUGACCGCCAACGAGCGCGAGCGCGAGCGUUAUGCGGCCGAGCGGCAGCGCAUCCUCGCCACGUCGCAGUCAGUGCGCGACAACACGGCGCACCUGCGCACCCAGCUCGAGCAGGCGCGCGCGACGCUCGCCCAGCGCCGCAAGUUCGACGAGCUCGCCGACGCCAUCACCGGUAACCCGUCGCUGCGCCCGCGCGCCGAGCAGGCCGCCAACCUGCGCAAGCUGGAAGAGGAGAUUGCCGAGCUCGAGGCUGAGCGGGAGGCGUACGGCGUCACGUGGAAUGAGCGGAGGGAGCAGUUUGCUAGGAUCAUGGACGAGAGCAUGCGGCUGAGGAGGCUGAUUCGGGAUGAGAAGGAGGAGGUAGAGCGGCGGGAAGGGAUGGACGAUGACGAGGCCGGUGGUACGCCGCGACCUUCGGGAAUAGCCAGCCGGGGUUCGACGCCGCGCCCGGAGAGCGGGUUGAUGCCCAAGAGCGGGACGGAGAAUGGUGAUGGCGGGGCCACGCCGCGGCCGGUGUCGACAACCGGUGGCAGAACGCCCGCUAGGGAGAGCCCUGCGCCUGGUCACGAUAGUCAGAGUUUCACUGCCAAGCGAGUGACGGAUAUGGGGCCGAGCUUCUCGCAGGUUGGCAGCCAGAGCCAGAUGGCAAGUCGUGAGGGCUCGGUGGACAGGGAAGCCAAAUCGGUGCGGGAAGGCGAGGUCGAGGACGGCGAGGAUGUCGAGAUGGGCGACACCAAGGAUAAUGAGUCCGAACCCGACAGCCCAUUAACGCCGCCUCCCGCAGACGACACGCCGCAGAUAGUGGUCGAUAAGGAGGAGGAUAGCAUGGAUACCACCUAGUCCCGCCGUGACCGGCGAGGUUGUUUCGAUAUCCAAACGGGAACAACGUAGCUCAUGGCCAUUAUCAAUGAGCUACUCAGCGGCGUAUCAAGCAAUAAACUACUCGUUCGAUAUCAUAUCUCCUGCUCCUCUUCUUCCUUCGUAACUUUCUGUCCCGCCUCA